AUGACAAUUGCUUAUCGUCCCUCUUCACCUGGUAGACCUGGUUCUUCUCGUCCUGCUUCUCCUUCUCAACAUACAAAGGUAGAAGAGGACUUACAUAACCAUGCUGGUAUCGACUAUGAUAAGGUCACAAUCAAACAUAACCCCUCUGUUGCAGUAUUGUAUGAAGAAGCAUUGACUCAUGAAAUUGGCACAGUCAUAUCUUCUACAGGUGCCUUAUGCUCAUACUCGGGAAAGAAGACAGGCAGAAGCCCUAAGGAUAAGAGAAUUGUUGAAGAGGAGCUCACGAAAAAGGACAUCUGGUGGGGUCCAGUCAACACAAGCAUGACCGAGCGUGUCUUUUUGAUUAACCGUGAAAGAGCAAUCGAUUACUUAAACACGCAUCCUCGUCUUUAUGUCUUUGAUGGCUUUGCUGGUUGGGACCCAAAGUAUCGUAAGAAGAUUCGUGUGAUUGCCUCCAGAGCGUACCAUAUCCUGUUUAUGCGCAACAUGCUUAUUCGACCUACGGAGGAGGAACUAGAGGAAUUUGGCACUCCUGAUUUCACGAUUUUUAACGCCGGUGAAUUUCCAGCCAACAGAUACACUACGGGCAUGACCUCAACUACUUCUGUUUCAAUCAACUUUAAGCGUCAUGAAAUGGUUAUCCUCGGUACUGAAUAUGCCGGAGAAAUGAAAAAGGGGGUCUUUACUGUGAUGCACUAUCUGAUGCCCAAGGCAGGUGUUCUUUCUCUUCAUUCUUCUGCUAACGAAGGCCCUGAUGGUGACGUGUCUCUCUUUUUCGGUUUAUCAGGCACCGGUAAGACAACUUUAAGUGCUGACCCUAAACGUCGAUUGAUCGGUGACGAUGAACACUGCUGGAGUGACACAGGCAUCUUCAAUAUCGAAGGUGGCUGCUACGCAAAGUGUAUUGACUUGUCGCCUGAAAAGGAACCUGAGAUCUACAACGCCAUUCGCUUUGGUUCUGUUCUUGAAAAUGUUGUGCUUAACGAGGAAACACGUGAAGUUGAUUAUGCUGACGAUUUCUUGACUGAGAAUACACGUUGCGCUUAUCCAAUCGACUAUAUCCCUAAUGCAAAAAUCCCUUGCAUUGGUGGCCAUCCCAAGAAUAUCAUCUUACUUACCUGUGAUGCCUUUGGUGUGUUCCCUCCUGUGUCCAAGUUGACGCCUAGCCAAGUUAUGUAUCACUUUAUCUCUGGUUAUACAACCAAGGUAGCAGGUACCGAAGACGGUAUUGUUGAACCCACACCUACGUUUAGUGCCUGUUUCGGUUCUCCCUUCUUGGUUCUUCAUCCUCAAAAAUAUGCGACCAUGCUGGCUGAAAAGAUGAGCAAGCAUGCAGCUGAUGCCUGGUUGAUCAAUACUGGCUGGGUCGGCAACUCUGCCAAGAAUGGUGGAAAACGCUGUCCUCUCAAAUACACUCGAGCUAUUCUGGACGCAAUUCACAACGGAACUUUGGCUCAAGGAGAAUUUGAGACCUAUGAAGUAUUCAACUUGGCCAUUCCCAAGCAAGUCGAAGGUGUCCCUGACGAUCUGCUUCACCCCAGAAAGGCUUGGCAAUCUUCUGCUGAUGAGUUUGAUAAAUCUCUCCGUCAAGUUGCAGAGAUGUUUGUUGAUAACUUCAAGAUAUUCCAGGACGAAGCUAGUGUUGAAACUUGUAACGCUGGUCCUGUCCUUUAA